AUGGAUACUGGAAAGAGCAAGUGGAAGAACAAUUCAAUGAUCAAGAAAUUGGUGGUUUCUUUAUCAUUUCAAAGCAUUCAGGCAAAACCUUCAAGAAUGGAGGGUGCUGCUAUCAUUUCUUUGUCGAAGAGUAAAUCAUGGCAUUGUACUGGGGCAGCUGAAAAAUCUCAACAAAAUCAUGAUGAUCAGUACAGAACAAGGUAUAAAGUUGCUCCUAAAGGUUGUUUUUCAGUGUAUGUUGGUCCUGAGAAACAAAGGUUUGUGAUCAAGGCAGAAUGUGCUAAUCAUCCAUUGUUCAAGAUGCUGCUUGACGAUGCUGCAUUGGAGUAUGGGUAUAGCAAUGAAGGCCCUCUUUUGCUUCCAUGUGAUGUUGAUCUUUUUUACAAAGUCUUAGCUGAGAUGGAUUGUGGCAAGGAGGCCACGGUUGAUGAUUCUGAUUCAUCAGCUGGUGGUGGAUUUGCAUGUGGCUCCUGCAGUCCUUUCACUCCGGCACGGCGUCAUCGAAACGGCACCAUCUCUGAAGUUUAUAGUCCAUAUGGACUUCUCACUCCACCCCGGUUGCUGAAGAUGAAUCACUUCUGA